AUGAGGCUGGAGGGUAUGAGGGUCGAAAUAUUAUCAUACCGGAUGGAACGAUCGGAUGAUCAAGAAUUCCGAGUUGAAGUCAAAUACCUGGGGCGGCCCCAACGGUUCCGCUUGGUGGAACUUCUUGCUAUGCUUCUCACCAAGGUGAAGAGCAAUGCCGAGUCCUGCCUCUUGGAGCGAGUGCAUGAAGCUGUCAUCAGCGUUCCAUCGUACUUCAAUGCUGAGCAACGAGACAGUAUCCAAAUGGCUGCCAGGUUGGCUUGUCUCGAGAUUUUGUGCAUUUGUACGAGUAUCGAGUCGAUCGCGCUUCACAUGUAUGCCGCACUCGAAAUAGACGACCCUGGGGUCCACGUUCGAGCUGGAGAGAGGACUGUGGUAAUCCUCGACCUCGGCGCCAGCUCUUUCAACGCCGGCUUGGUAGUGGUCAAGGAUUGCAGCAUUAGAAUACUGGCAUACGCAAGUGCGCCUUGGCUUGGCGGAGAUGAAUUCGCCAGCCGUAUCCGUCAAAUUAUUGUAGACUGGAUGGUAACGCUCCACGAGUUUACUUCGGUUUGUUCACAGCUAUGUCGAGAGUCAUGUGAGCAGAUACCCAGCUUGUUCGCUGGAAACACUAGAGACAAGUCCGAUGUCUCUGAGGUGGCCAUCGUGGGCACAACACUGUCGGAAGAAUUCAAUGCAGACUUGAGCGAAGCUUCUGGCUUGGCUGUAACUGCUGCUAUCAGGACUGGGAUAGCAGAAAGUGGUACACUAAGCAACCUAUCGAUAUACGGUGCUUUGCCAGCGAGUAUCGGUAUCGGGACAUUCGCCCCCAGAACCAAUCUCGGAAGCAAAGUGUUGGGGAUCAUGAAGCCAUUAAUGAAACCUCAUACCAUAUCAUCCAUGGAUAAGCGGGUCAUGACGCCGAUAGCGAAGCGUCACAGACCCGUAGCUGGGAAAUGGGAGCGCACCUUUUUUGUCCGAGAGCUCCACAGUCCACUCAUCAAGCCCUUGUUAUACACAUAUGAAGGCGAGCAGGUCAGCGCUAAAGACAACACCUUGAUUGGAGAAAUGGAUGUCGAAAGCUUGGUACCAAAUUCAGAUCCCGAGACCAAGUUGAGAGUCGCCGUGGAAAUCAAACACUUCUUCCACGACAUUCGAUUCACUGCGAAGAAUCUAGAAACGGAAUUGGCCGCGCAAUUUCGAAGAAGAUCGACCAUCAAAGAACAGGAUGUGGAUCUUAUCAUUUCCAAGUUAGACAGGUUUCAAAGAGACGAUGACGAAGAGGCAGACCGCGUCGCUGAGCGGGAUGCAGUCGUGUUGGAACUCGCCAACAUCAUGGAUUUUAACCUCAAUUCUUCCAGGAUGCAGUCAAUGGGAUGUCUUCUCAAACUCUUGAAACCGUUCUCCGUGACACGGCGUUGUCGGUCUGAAUUCCUUCGAGCGCAGGACGUUGUCCUUUCCAAGUUCUUUUGUCUCGAAAAGGGGAUUGGCCCUGGCAACCACGCGUCAGGAAAGGAGCACGCUCAGUUCGGCCAAGACGAGCCGCUGCCAUUCAGGGUUGUCGCAAACCUUGGAGGUGGCGCCCAUGGGGUUGUGGAUAAGGUGGUGAGCACCGUGAGCGACAGGGAAUAUGCCCGAAAGCUAUUCAGAAAACCCGACAUUGGCAAGAGAGAGGCCAGGACCUUUGUCAAUGAGUUGAAAAUACUCAAAAGAAUCAACCAUGAACAUUGUGUCGAGCUUAUUGGUAGUUACUCCGACCCCAAGUACUUUGCGUUGAUUAUGACACCUGUUGCCGACUGCGAUCUGGAGAACUUCUACAUGCUGGCAUCUACGAACACAGACGAGGAGUCCCUCUUACGAGGCUUCUUCGGGUGCCUUGCUGGGACUCUGGAUUACUUGCACCAGCAGAAGGUCAUCCACCAGGAUGUCAAACCUCAGAACAUCCUGGUCAAAGGGCACCGUGCUUUACUGACCGACUUUGGAAUCUCACGCAGCUGGGAGGGACUCACCAGAGGUACUACCACUGCAGAUAUGGGCAGGACAUGGAUCUAUGCUGCACGAGAGGUUGCUAGAGGAGGCCCGAAAAACCAAUCAGCCGAUGUAUGGUCUCUCGGAUGCGUCUUCCUCGAGAUGUGCACGGUGUUGAAAGGCCUGUCCGUUGCGAAUAUGCGGAAGUAUUUCAGCCACAGAAACGAGAGCACCAGUUUCCACGACAACAUCGAUAGCAUGCCUGGAUGGAUGGGUAAACUACGAGGCGCCGCGCCUCGAGGAGACGAUGUCGUUCUAGAUUGGGUUACUGAAAUGCUGCAGGCAGAUCCUGACAGCCGUCUCACGCCAUUUGAAGUAUUCGGCCGCACGGUCUCCGAAUUCGAGAAAUCUCGAGUUCUCUUUUGUGGGACAUGCUGUCUGCACGGACACAACUCGGACGACGGGAAUUGA